CCCGACCUUGGUUGCUAAGUAACCUCUGCUGGAGGCAGCCAGCUGCAGCUGCUUCCUAGGAUGCUAACGACAACAACAACAACAACAGAACAGGUGAAGCCGGAGCCCCGAACGGAACCAGGAGCAUGGAGGACGGCACGGACUUAUCCCCGAGCAUCGCGCAGAUCGUGCAGCGCCUCAGAGGAAGCCAUCUACACUCCCAGCUGGAGAGACAAGCGAAAGACUGUUUACAUCGACCCGAGAUCAAAUUGGAGUCUUUAAAAGAAGAUGUGCGCGCUUUUCUCAAAGCCUCCGGCUGGGAAAAAAGGCUGCAGAAUGCUGUUUACAGAGAGCUGCACGUCCAGCUGCCUCAGUGCCAUCCCACCACUCCCGCCGAGCAUCUCAAAGAGCCGCUGGCCUACAUGCGCAAAGCGCAGGCCAGUUGGGAGAAGCGGGUUCUCAAAAGCCUCAACAGCAUGAGUACGGAACUUGGAGUGCCUCUGGCUCGCAUGAGGCCUGCAGGCGAGCAGAAGGAUCUCACCAACAAGUGGAACGAGAUGGGCACAGACGAACCAGAUUUGAGUCGCUUCAGGCCUGUUUAUGCCCCUAAAGACUUCCUGGAGGUUUUAAUCAGUCUGAGGAACCCCAACCACGACAGCAGUGAGGACAUGACCGUCAAGAGCCACUGGGGUCUUAUCCAGGUUCCGCUCAACGUCAGAGACAUCCCCCAGCUGCGUCAGGCGUAUUCAGAACUGAACCUGAACAACGGGCAGCUGGGGAUCGACGACCACGCGCACGUCCAUCCAGACCUCUUUGAAAACAGCUAUGUUCAAAUUGGAAAAAAAGUGGUCGUGGAGCAGGACAGCGCCGCGGCACAGCAGUACAGCAGGCGGGGCUGCCCCACUGGACUUCGCUCGGACCUGUGGGCCCUCACCCUGAAUUCCACCAACCAGCCACAGGAUGUGAUGCAUUACGAGCAGCUAAAGGCCGGAGUAAUACAACAUGACCUGCUGGUAGAUUACCUUAUAUACAAGGAUGUGAAGCUCACCGCCAGCAACGAUGACUACUACUUUGUGUUUGAGGAUUUUCUCUAUCAGGUGAUGUUGUGUUUCUCCCGAGAUACUGCCGUCUUGGAGCACUUCAAAUACAACAGCGCCACACCUCCCAAGUCCUACAUCCACGGAAAAGUGGGAAAUGAAGAGUUUGCCGUUCUUUAUCCUCCUAAUGGGGUAAUACCUUUUCAUGGCUUCUCCAUGUAUGUGGCCCCUCUAUGCUUCCUGUACAACGAGCCAUCCAAACUAUACAGCGUCUUCAGGAUGAUGUACAUCCGCUACUUCUUCCGAUUGCACUCCAUCUCCUCCUCUCCCUCGGGCAUUGUGGCUUUGUGUCUGCAGUUCGAGCGGCUGCUGCAGGCUCACCUGCCGCAGCUCUUCUACCACCUCCGACAGAUCGGGGCACAGCCGCUGCGGAUCGCCUUUAAGUGGAUGGUGCGGGCCUUCUCUGGUUACCUUUCAACAGAUCAGCUGCUUCUGCUUUGGGAUCGAAUCCUCGGAUAUGAUUCCCUGGAGGUGGUUGCAGUGCUUGCAGCUGCUGUGUUUGCCUUCCGAGCAGAAAACCUGAUGGAAGUGGCCUCGCUAGCUUCAGCCGAGGCCGUCCUCGCCGACCUCUCCACACUGAAGGUUAUGCCGCUCAUCCAGAUCUUUCUGUUCGCCACGGCCAUCUGACAUUGGACGACCAAACCCCCCCCCCAAACGGAGCUGCGCAUGGCUUAUUGAGUAAAAAUGACCUAAAUACGAGCUGCACACUUUGGCUGGAGGCAAAAGGCCAAGCACACCGUAAGCACCAUCAACGGUUGAUAAAAAUAUACCAUGUCAUUAGAUAUGUGUGCAUAACCUGACUCUGCUUGAUUUGAACACGGCUCGGAUCAGCCAUGGACUGUAAAUGAGAACCGGACCGAGGGGACUUUGACCUUACCCACAGAAAAUGCCUUGCUCCAAGAUUCGCUCACCAUUUUUUUUCACGCCAUGUUGUAAUCAGAAACUAGUGAUUGGUCCGAGUCAGUCUGAGUCGACCUCUCUAUGGCGACCACUCCCGCCAAUCAGGAGUGAGCUUGUAGGAAAGCCACACCCCUACCACUUGAAAGCAAGCUAGAAGCAAUCUGUCAAAGGUUUGAAACGCUUGACAUGAGAUCACAUACUUUUAUUGAGGCAUCUGAUUGGUCAGUUUAUGGCGUGAAAAUAAAGUUGGAUUAAUAAAAAUAUGUUAAAAAGGGUUAUACUGACAAAUAUAAAUCCUGUUUAUUUCUCUCUAGAAGUCAAUGGGAUUUUGGCUUCUUGGAGCCGGCUGGUACUUCCUGUUUGGAGUGCGAAGGGGGAGGAGUCACUCAGUUCAGUCCUCGUAUACAGUCAGUGAGAUCAGCCGAGCUCAGCAGUCCAUGAAUUGCAUAAAGCAGCUUUUAUGUUGUGACAGUAGCUCCAAGCUCGCUUACCGAAGCGAUAAUUCGCUCCUGCAGAACGAUCGGCUCUGCGACUCCUGCUCGCUGUACCAGAGUCGGACCACACGGUUGCAGAUACAGAUAAUCUGUCAGAAACUGGAAAAAAAAAAA